CAAGCACGAUGAAUAAACGUACAUGAGCAUCUGUUAAAACUAGGCGAGUCUGCUGGAUUUUUAGUCAGUGCUGCAUGUUUCUAAUGUAAAUAAUACUGUAGAAAUGUUGAUAAAUGUGGAUUUUGUAUCUGAAACUGUGUUUAUUAAGGAAUAUUAUUUCAAUACAAAGUGUGUUAUAAAAAGGUGAAAUAGCAGGCGUGUAAUAAUGAAUGAACCCAAAAUCUGAGUCAAGGUACACAGGCCGUGAAACAAAGAAAGAAUGAGUACAGGCGCCCGCCAAAGCGCUGAGGUUUGGUCUUGUGAUUUGAAAAUAUUGGCGCGGCUUAAGACGCCCAAUAAGGUUUAGCCAACGUGUAAGGAGGCGGGCACACUCGAGAAGCCAAGCAUCGUUUAGCCAAUGGGAGGCGGACAUAUUCAAGUCGCCCAAUGAGCGGCGAGCAGCUCGAACGCAUAAAAGCCGCGGCAUGUUCGUAACCUUAUUCUUCGUUUUUGGUGAAGAGUAGAAGUUGCUAUCAUGGCAAGAACCAAGCAGACGGCCCGUAAGUCCACAGGUGGCAAAGCCCCGAGGAAGCAGCUGGCUACCAAGGCUGCUCGUAAGAGCGCUCCGGCUACCGGCGGUGUGAAGAAGCCUCACCGUUACAGGCCCGGCACCGUGGCCCUGCGGGAGAUCCGUCGCUACCAGAAGUCCACAGAGCUGUUGAUCCGCAAGCUGCCCUUCCAGCGCCUGGUGCGUGAGAUCGCUCAGGAUUUCAAGACCGAUCUUCGUUUCCAGAGCUCUGCCGUCAUGGCCCUGCAGGAGGCUAGCGAGGCGUACUUGGUGGGUCUGUUCGAGGACACGAAUCUGUGCGCCAUCCAUGCCAAGAGAGGCAGAGGAAAGGGCGGUAAAGGUCUCGGUAAAGGAGGCGCUAAGCGUCACCGCAAAGUGCUCCGCGAUAACAUCCAGGGCAUCACCAAGCCGGCUAUCCGCCGUCUGGCUCGUCGUGGCGGUGUGAAGCGUAUCUCUGGUCUGAUCUACGAAGAGACUCGCGGCGUGCUCAAGGUAUUUCUGGAGAACGUGAUCAGGGACGCUGUCACCUACACCGAGCACGCCAAGAGGAAGACCGUCACCGCCAUGGACGUGGUUUAUGCCCUGAAGCGUCAGGGACGAACCCUGUACGGUUUCGGAGGUUAA